UUCCAUUUGACACUAAAAUAUUAACGUUUUGAUUAUUCACAUUAUUUUUCUCUAUAAGGUUUCAAAGUCUUAUAAUUUUAUUAAAAGAUUAUUCCAUGGCAGGGUCUUCAGAAAUUGGAUUGAAAUCAGCUUGUGUAAUUGGUGGCACUGGUUUUAUGGCAUCUUUGCUUGUCAAACUUUUGCUUGAGAAAGGCUACACUGUUAAUACAACUGUCCGGGACCCUGGGAAUCACAAGAAGAUAUCUCACCUCUUAGCCUUACAUAGUUUGGGCAACUUGAGAAUAUUCCAAGCUGACUUAACAGAUGAAACAAGCUUUGAUGCCCCUAUAGCUGACUGUGACGCUGUCUUCCAUGUUGCAACACCAAUCAAUUUUGCUUCUCAAGAUCCAGAGAAUGAUAUGAUAAAACCAACAAUACAAGGAGUUGUGAAUGUUCUGAAGGCAUGUGCCAAAUCAAAUAGAGUAAAACGUGUUGUGUUGACCUCAUCAGCUGCAGCUGUGACUAUCAACCAGCUUAGUGGAACAGACCUAGUCAUGGAUGAGUCUAAUUGGACAGAUGUUGGAUUCUUGACUUCCACAAAGCCACCUACUUGGGGAUACCCUGUCUCCAAAACAUUAGCUGAAAAGGAAGCCUGGAAAUUUGCUGAGGAAAACAAUAUUAAACUUAUCACUGUAAUUCCAUCUCUCAUGGCUGGUCCUAACCUUACUCCAGAAACUCCAAGCAGUGUUGCUCUUGCCAUGUCAUUGAUCACAGGGAAUGAAUUUCUUAUAAGUAACUUGAAGGGCAUGCAGAUGUUAUCAGGUUCAAUCUCUAUGACACAUGUAGAGGAUGUUUGUCGUGCCCAUAUUUUUGUUGCUGAGAAAGAAUCAGCUUUUGGAAGAUACAUUUGCUCUACAGUCAAUACCAGUGUUCCAGAGCUUGCAAAUUUCUUGAAGAAAAGAUACCCAACUUCAUGUGUUCCUACUGAUUUUGGAGACUUCCCUUCUAAAGCCAAGUUGAUCAUAUCAUCAGAAAAACUCAUCAAAGAAGGAUUCAAUUUUAAGUAUGGGAUUGAAGAGAUUUAUGAUCAGUGUGUUGCUUGUUUUAAAGAAAAGGGGUUACUGAAGAACUGAAGAGUUCAGUGUAUCUUGUGGCAAAGAGCAACACUCUUCUGUAGCAAUUGCUUUGAAGAAACAAGAUUGAAUUUAAUACACAAAAGAACGGAUAAUUUAUAAAUAAAAUAAGUCUAGUUCUGUGUUCUAUUAUGCCAAAUAAUCCUUCAAGAUUUACUGUUAAAGUGGUAGACAUACUCUUCAACGAA